AUGCCAAUCAACGACAAGUAUGAAAGCCCGUUGACCGCACGCUAUGCUUCACCGGAGAUGUCCAAUCUUUUUUCUCCGGCUACGAAAUUCGUUACCUGGAGAAAGCUAUGGUUACACUUGGCUAUAGCUGAGAAGGAGUUGGGUAUAAAUGAUAUCAGCGAUGACGCUAUUGAAGACAUGAAAGGCCAUUUGGUACUUACAGAGGAAGAUUUUCGUGUUGCCACAGAAGAGGAACGUCGCCGCAGACACGAUGUAAUGGCCCACGUACACGCAUUUGCCAUCACUGCUCCUCGUGCAGCUGGGAUCAUCCAUCUUGGUGCAACCAGUUGUUAUGUCACUGAUAAUGCCGAUUUGAUCAUUCUUCGAGAUGCCUGUAAUUUAUUACUGGACAAACUAGCCAGAGUGAUCGACACUUUGAGCAAGUUUUGCGCUGAAUAUAAAGAUUUGCCCACGUUAGGAUUUACGCAUUUUCAGCCUGCACAACUAACAACUGUUGGAAAGAGAGCUAGCUUGUGGGUGCAGGAUUUGCUUUGGGAUCUUCGUAAUAUUACGCGUGCAAGAGACGAUAUAGGUUUUAGAGGCGUUAAGGGAACCACUGGCACUCAAGCAUCCUUUUUGGCAUUGUUUGAGGGAGAUCACGAGAAGGUUGAGGCUCUCGAUAAGCGUGUGGCGGAACUUUCUGGAUUUGCUUCUUCUUAUCCAGUCACGGGUCAAACGUAUUCUCGUAAAAUAGAUGUCGACAUUCUUAGUACGAUUGCUUCGUUUGGUGCUAGUACGCAUAAAACGGCAUCAGACUUGCGUCUUCUUGUCAGUCUAAAAGAGAUUGAGGAGCCGUUCGAGAAGGAUCAGAUAGGAAGCUCGGCCAUGGCGUACAAAAGGAAUCCAAUGCGAUGUGAAAGAGUGUGUAGUUUAUCUCGGCAUUUGAUGACACUAAUUCAAAAUGCUUUGAUGACAAGCAGUGUCCAGUGGCUGGAGAGGACUUUGGAUGACAGUGCCAAUCGACGCGUUACACUUCCAGAAGCCUUCUUAACAGCAGACAUAGUUUUAACCCAUCUUCAGAACAUCUUCGAAGGCCUGGUGGUCUACCCAAAAGUAAUAUUCCGUCAUAUAACACAAGAACUUCCCUUCAUGGCAACCGAAAAUAUCAUAAUAGCUGUAGUGAAGAAGGGUGGCAACCGACAACAGUGCCAUGAGGAGAUUCGUGUUCUCAGCCAUCAAGCGGCAAGGAGAGUUAAAGAGGAUGGCUGCGAGAAUGAUUUGAUCGAAAGAAUCAAAAAGACCGAAUACUUUAAGUGCAUUUGGGAUGAACUUGAUCAGCUGUUAGAUCCAAAGACAUUUAUUGGUCGUGCACCUCAACAAGUGGAAAAGUUCUUGGAAGAACACGUUAAGCCAGCUUUAGAACCAUACAAGGACGUUCUUAGGGAGCGUAAAGUGACGGAAUUGAGCGUAUGA